AUGAGCGACGACAGUUCAAGUCCACUUACCACUCUAAAAAUUCUCAUCAUCGGAGAAAGCGGUGUUGGAAAAUCCAGUCUGAUGCUCCGCUUCGUUGAUGAUGUCUUCGACCCCGAGCAAGCGGCUACAAUUGGCGUUGAUUUCCGUGUUACUUCUAUGACAAUCGACGGGAAUCGAGUGAAACUAGCCAUCUGGGAUACCGCAGGCCAGGAACGUUUCCGAACGUUAACUCCUAGCUACUACAGAGGUGCCCAGGGCGUCAUUUGUGUGUACGAUGUGACGAGUCGGAGUUCGUUUGAGAAAUUGAAGCAUUGGAUGACAGAAGUGGAUACCUACUGUACAAAUGAUAAUGUUAUCAAAAUGAUGGUAGCCAAUAAGAUUGAUAUGCCAAAUCGAACAGUGACUCGCGAGGAAGGCUUAAAAUUCGCCAAACGCCAUAGAACUCUGUUCAUUGAGGCCAGUGCCAAGACCAAGGAGGGCGUGCAGUGCACAUUCGAGGAGCUCAUCGAGAAAAUCAUCCAGACACCGGACCUAUGGGAUAACGAUAGACCAACUUUCCGACUUGGACAACCCACGGAUACUUCUAGUGGAAAUUUGUGUGGAUGUUGA